UGAGUAUGACUUGUGUGUUUGCUGUUUUGUAAACGCAAAACGGAGUGCAGAGUGACUGCACAUUUUGAAGCCGGUUUCACAAAUUUCCAAGAUGUUUCUCACAAGAUCAGAAUACGACAGAGGCGUGAACACAUUUUCGCCAGAAGGACGUCUUUUCCAGGUUGAAUAUGCGAUUGAAGCGAUCAAAUUGGGCUCCACGGCCAUUGGCAUUUCAACCUCUGAAGGCAUUGUCUUGGCUGUUGAGAAACGAAUCACUUCACCUCUAAUGGAGCCGUCAACGAUCAAAAAGAUUGUUGAGGUGGACAAGCACAUUGGUUGCGCUGUGAGUGGCCUGAUUGCUGAUUCACGCACCCUCAUUGACAAAGCCAGGGUUGAGGCUCAGCACCACUGGUUUGUCUACAACGAGAAGAUGAGCGUCGAGUCUGUGGCUCAGGCAGUCUCUAACCUGGCCAUCCAAUUUGGAGACACUGACGAUGAUAGCGGAUCGUCUAUGAGCCGACCUUUUGGAGUUGCAAUGCUGUUUGCUGGAGUUGAUGAAAAGGGACCUCUGCUUUACCACAUGGAUCCAUCCGGCACUUACAUCCAGUUUGACGCCAAGGCCAUCGGUUCCGGCAGUGAAGGUGCCCAGCAGCAGCUGCAGGAAGUCUACCACAAAGGUAUGACUCUGAAAGAGGCUAUUACACAUGCGCUUACAAUUUUGAAGCAAGUGAUGGAGGAGAAACUUAAUUCUACAAAUGUCGAGCUGGUGACUGUCACUCCCGACCGCCUUUUCCACAUGUUCCCCAAGGAAGAGGUUGAGGAAGUCAUUAAGAAUAUUGCUUGAGAGGCUGGUUUCUUUAACAAAUAAAUUUCAAGUUGAUGAUGAUUUCUUUAAGCUCAGUAAUGAAAAUGAUGAAAAAUAUUGAAGUUGUUACACAAAUUUAUUAUUUUCGGUGAUCCACCUUCUAAAAACUGCAUAAAAAAUUAAUUAAUUCUUGUAUCACAUUUCUUUAGAAUAAAAUAUGGUUUUUACCAAAAA